AACCGUAAUGUUGAGUGUGUCUUGCUGUUUAUGACUUGCUAAUUUUCAAUAAACAAGUUUCACUCGUGAUGAGAGGAACUCAAACAUUGAAAAUGGUGCAUUCACUUGCUAAUUAUAAUUAUAAAUAUCUGGAUGCAGAGCUGAUGCAAAAAUCUAACUGGGAAGAUUUUUAUUCAAAAACAGAUCAUGAUUCUCUAUUAUUCAUUGAAUUGAAGCUUUUUUCUUUCAGGAGAAAUUGAUCACUUGUUGCAUUUUCAUUUUCAUUUUCAAUGUCUUCUAUGCAGAUUAUCUUUCAAGCAAAACCAAGAAGCUCUUCUUCUCUGUAUGGUGUCUGCAGUCCAUCAACAAUACCACCAGCAAGGUCCACAGCUCUUUCUUGGAACCUAAGUGAGAACAAGACGAAGACAAGACCUCUAAUUGUGGUCGGAGAUGUAUCAGCCGAUGGCACAGCUUCCUUGAUUGCUGGAGCAGCUGCUGUGGCUCUACUUGGAACUGCUUUCCCUAUCCUCUUCUCCCGAAAAGAUACCUAUGAAAAAUGUCCUGAGUGUGACGGGGCAGUGUUCGUUCAAAAGUCUCGGGUAACCAUACAAGCAAAUGCGGCAAGGAAAGAUGAGACUCAGAUUUUUUGUUGCAAUGGCCUUGGCAAGCUCAGCCGAUUGAUUAAAGUUAAGUGCCCUUUCUUUCAGCUCUCUCUCUCUUUCUACAGUAAUAUUCAUCAUAAAUUGAGAACACUGUUUCUCAUUUAUUUAUAAACUCCACUUAACAAUGAGAUUGGAACCAUGAAUCUUAUUACUUGUAUAUUCUAUUUUGCUUUCCAUACUAA